AUGGCCAAGAACACCAACAUGCGCUGGCGGCUGCCGCUGGUGUGCCUGCUCUGGGAGCUGGCCAUGAUUGUCCUCUUCGGGGUCUUCGUGCGCUUCGGCGCCGAAGCUGAUGCGCACUGGGAGGAGGAGAAACAGGGCAUGAACCUGACCAGUGACAUGGAGAACGACUUCUACUUCCGAUACCCCUCUUUCCAGGAUGUCCAUGUGAUGAUCUUUGUGGGCUUUGGCUUCCUCAUGACCUUCCUCAAGCGCUAUGGAUUUGGAGCUGUGGGUUUCAAUUUCCUCCUUGCUGCCUUUGGGAUCCAGUGGGCUCUCCUGAUGCAAGGCUGGUUCCACUCUUUCAAGGAUGGGAAGAUCCUCAUUGGAGUGGAGAACCUGAUCAAUGCUGAUUUCUGCGUGGGCUCUGUGUGCAUCGCCUUUGGGGCCAUCCUGGGAAAAACCAGCCCCAUACAGCUCCUUGUCAUGACUUUGUUUCAAGUCACACUCUUUUCAGUGAAUGAGUACAUCCUCCUCAACCUUCUUCAUGUAAAGGAUGCAGGUGGCUCCAUGACCAUUCACACCUUCGGAGCCUACUUUGGCCUCACGGUGACACGGAUCCUGUACAGACCCAACCUGGAGCAGAGCAAGGACAAGCAGGGCUCCGUGUACCACUCUGACCUCUUUGCUAUGAUCGGUACCCUGUACCUGUGGAUGUACUGGCCCAGUUUUAACUCAGCCAUUUCUGACCACGGGGAUGCCCAGCACAGAUCUGCCAUUAACACGUACUGCUCGCUGGCUGCCUGUGUCCUCACCACCAUGGCCUUCUCCAGCAUGCUGCAAAAGAAGGGCAAGCUUGACAUGGUGCACAUCCAGAACGCCACGCUGGCCGGCGGCGUGGCCGUGGGCACCAGCGCCGAGAUGAUGCUGACCCCAUAUGGCUCCCUCAUUGUUGGCUCCAUCUCUGGCAUCGUGUCCACGCUGGGCUAUGUCUACUUCACGCCUUUUUUGGAGUCUAGGUUGCACAUUCAGGACACAUGUGGCAUCCACAACCUCCAUGCCAUGCCAGGCCUUAUUGGGGGCAUUGUGGGGGCCAUCACAGCAGCUGCAGCCACGGAAGAUGUGUACGGAAAGGAAGGGUUCAUCAAGGCGUUUGACUUCACGGGCGUGUACCAGACGCGGACACCCAGCAUCCAGGGAGGCUUCCAGGCAGCCGGCAUUGUGGUGUCUCUGUUGAUGGCAUUCGCUGGGGGAGCCAUCGUGGGGGGCAUCCUGAAGCUGCCCAUCUGGGGGGACGCCGCGGCCGAGAACUGCUUCGAGGAUGGCAUUUACUGGGAGGUGCCGGAGGACGAGGAGAGCGACGUGUACCACAUGCACAACCCCGACAAGCCCGCCUCGCCCUGA